GGUUUUGGCUGCCUGUCCCCAGGAAGGGGGUGAGUUGACAGAUGUGCGUGAGGAGGUCCCUGAUCGGCCUCACCUUUUGUACCUGCUACCUGGCUUCUUACCUCACGAACAAGUAUGUCCUGUCUGUCUUGAAAUUUACCUACCCUACAUUAUUCCAAGGGUGGCAGACAUUCGUUGGUGGACUUCUGCUUCAUGUCUCAUGGAAGCUGGGUUGCGUGGAGAUCAACAGCAGUCUCAGAUCUAAUGUUUUGACAUGGCUUCCUGCUUCAGUGCUGUUUGUGGGUAUGAUCUAUGCUGGAUCCAGAGCCUUGUCCAGACUGGCCAUUCCUGUGUUUCUCACUUUGCAUAAUGUAGCUGAAGUUAUCAUCUGUGGGUACCAGAAGUGUUUUCGGAAAGAGAAAACAUCUCCUGCAAAGAUCUGUAGUGCCCUCUUCCUCCUGGCCGCGGCGGGGUGCCUUCCCUUCAACGACUCCCAGUUUGAUCCGGAUGGAUAUUUUUGGGCUAUAAUUCACUUACUCUGUGUAGGGGCUUAUAAAAUACUACAGAAAUCCCAGAAACCCAGCGCAUUAAGGCCCCUUCCUGAGUUAACUCAGUCUGGACGCAGAAGUCUUCCCCAGUUACUAGCUCUGCUCUUGGGCAAAAUGAGGGCUUUGUUGCUGGCAGUCAAUGGAACAGCCUUGGUGAAUGGAACUGAAAGAGGUGACAUUGAGCAGCAGUACAUAAACUAUAUAUUCAGUGUGGUGCUCCUGGCGUUGGCAUCUCAUCCCACAGGUGAUCUCUUCAGCGUCCUGGACUUCCCGUUCCUGUAUUUCUACAGAUUCCAUGGCAGCUGCUGUGCCAGUGGAUUUUUAGGAUUCUUUCUCAUGUUCAGUACAGUGAAGCUAAAAAGUCUUCUGGCCCCAGGACAGUGUGCAGCCUGGAUUUUCUUUGCUAAGACCAAGAGAACACAUGAAUAAGGAAAAGUAGUCAAGUGGGAAACAAAGUUGAGUUAAACACCACCACCACCAACAACAACAAAAACCCCACCUCAGUCCUGACUGGGAGACAUAGACUUUCUGCUCCCUAUGGGAGGCAUGGCUUCCUUUCCAUCUUUUUCCCUCAACCUCAACACAUGGAGACAGAGAGUCAAGAGGAUUUUAUUGCAUGGAUUCAAGAGAAGAAGGAAACCUUGUGGAGUCUGGGUUCCUGCCUUUAAAGCACUGGAGUCCCACGAGCCAGUAUAAUGAGCUCAGUAAAUGUGUAAUCUGAUGAACAAUUAUUCCGCUUGGAGUGAACUUGGAAGACAAUGAAAGGAUAGAAGUGAAGGCAGAAGAGUUUCCUUUCCCGUGGGCAGAGAUGGAAUCACAAGGAGAAGGAAUUGAGUUUUCUUCUCUCCUCUGACCUGCCAUAGUAAUCACCAUCUGAAACCGUAUAUCUGAAGAGAAAGACUGUGCCAGUGAGAAAGUCCUGUUUCCCCAGGCUGGUAUGUACAAAAUCCUAAGCUAUGAUUUAAAAAAGAAAAAAAAAAAGCUAAUUAAAAUUGUCACGAUGAGUUGAUAAGAUUUUUGCUGAUCAGGAAGUUGUUCAGUAUAAAUCAAAUAAAGCCUCCUUACCUUGCCUCACUAUGCCAUUCAAUGACUCUAGGGAAAGAGUGGUUGGCUAAGUGGUUUGAAAACCAGUGGCUUAGACUAUCUCUCUGAGUCUCAAUUUUCUUAUGUGUAUAACAAAAGGAAACCUUUCACUUCACAGUAGAA